AUGCCCACGUCAUCAAUCCAUGGCACGUGUGACGAAGAUGAUGAAUGCUGCCAUUGCAAGCACAUGCCCUGCAACACCUUGUGCAACACCAGUUGGAAUGCUUGCAAGUGCAAACCUUGCACCCUUCAUUACCUUCAUGUAGCACAUGCUCAUAGUGACUCACACUGGCACUUACAUGAAACUGCCACUGAAGCUGCUGCUUUGCUGGCCUCUCGACCCCAUCGACCCCUCGCAACCCCUGAGGACCCCGCGAUCAAAAUAACUGAAGGCCCAUGGGCCCUGAUGAAGCCCCGCAACUCUGGUUGUUGUGAGAGUCAGGGUUGUCUGGGUGACGGCCCUUGGAUUCUUAGGGAGACUUUCAGACUUUCAAUUGUUGGCUGCAACCUGAGAGAACGUAGGUUUUUUGUACCAAAAGCGUUGGCCGUCGCCCUGCUGGCCCUGGGAAAGCUGAUGUGA